GCGAGACUCAAGCAAAAAGUAGACUCAUUGCUAUAACAACAAUUCAAGAGUUAUUAGUUCAACAUAUUCUAAUAGAGACGAAGUGAAAAUGAAUCAGUUAAAUAAAUCGUGGAGCAUUCGGAUCCUCGUGAUUCUCGCUCUAUGCAGCGUCCUGAUGCUCUUCAUGAUGGUCGCUGGCCAGUCGAGCGGCCUCUACUCGCCAACAGAUGGCGUUGUGGAGCUGAGCGGUGAAAACUUCGAUAGCACCGUGCUACAGGACGAUGCCAUUUGGGUGGUACAGUUCUAUGCAUCGUGGUGCAGCUACUGCCACGCCCUAGUGCCCGAAUACAAGCAGCUGGCCAAGGCCCUGAAAGGCGUUGUCAAACUGGGCGUGAUCAAUGGAGAGCGCAACUCGGAGCUGAGCGCAGCGUAUGAAGUGCAAGGCUUUCCAAUGAUCAAAAUUUUCGGUGUCGAUAAGAAGAAUCCCAUCAAUUUCUUUGGGCCACGCACAGCGAUCGCCAUUGCCGAAUCAGCCAUGGCUGAGAUCAAGAAGCAGAUCAAAGACGUCAUCGGCGGCGAAGAUCCUGAAGCUCCUCCCGCAAAGGAUAGCAUUUGCAUGGAUAGCGAUGUGAUCGAACUGCAGCCGAACGACUUCAAGGAGCAGGUGCUCAAGUCGCAGGACAUUUGGUUGGUGGAGUUCUAUACGCCCUGGUGUCCGCACUGCAAGAGCCUGGCCCCCGAGUGGAUCAAGGUGGCCAAGGAGCUGAAGGGCAAAUUCAAAGUGGGCGCGGUCGAUGCCAGCGCCCACAGCGAACUGGCAGCCGAGUACAAGGUGCAGGGCUAUCCCACAAUUUUCUAUAUACCCGCUCAAACGGAGCAUGCGGCCGACGCCAUCGAGUACAAGGGAAGCAAGCGCACAGCGGACGGAAUCAUAGACUGGGUCAACACUCAGGAUUUGGGUCUGGUGCCGGCCUUUAAGAUUGUGGAGAUCACCAGCGAGGAUGCCCUGUUCAAUGCGUGCGUCAACGAGGACUGGUGCUUGCUCGCCUUCCUGCCCACGCUGAAGGAUUGCAACGCCAAGUGCAGGAAUCAUAUGCUGAACGUGCUGCGCGGCGUCGGCCACAACUACAAGAAGCAGCGCUGGGGCUGGGUCUGGAGCGAGGCCACCGUUCAGAUGCCCCUCGAGAAGGGGCUGGGCAUCAACUACAAGUAUCCCAGUCUGGCUGUUGUCAACUGCAUGAAAAUGAAGAUGGCCCUGUUCAGGGGCCCAAUGACCACGGCCGCCGUCGACGAGUUUCUGGCCAACAUUGCCAAGGAGCGUGGCAAGUUAACCUCCGUCAACUGUGACGAUCUGCCGCGCAUCGCGAACAUCGCGCCCUGGGACGGCAAGGAUGACAAGAAGGAUUCGCCCGCCGGCGCCCAUCCCAUUCCGGAUGAACUAUAGAGAGCUCCAGAGCUCCAUUCACACUUAUCAUAAUCACUCUCGACCCACAUCAUAUUCCCGACCGAUCGAUCCUUUACAUUCUUGACAUUAUCUUUUUGUACCAAUUUUCCAAC